GGUCCUCACACGGAGGGUGUGUUUACGAUAGAGCAUAAUUGCUAAAAAGAUAAUAUUUUGCUUAGAUCUUCAUCAUGUUUCAUGGGAUACCAGCCACAGGUGGUGUAGGAGCUCCAGCAAAUAAACCUGAGCUUUACGAGGAAGUAAAGUUGUACAAAAAUGCAAGAGAGCGUGAAAAGUAUGAUAACAUGGCUGAGUUGUUUGCUGUGGUCAAAACCCUUCAGGCCCUUGAGAAAGCUUACAUCAAAGACUGUGUAACACCUAAUGAAUACACAGGCUCCUGUUCCAGGCUUUUGGUUCAGUAUAAAGCUGCUUUUAAACAGGUGCAAGGAUCUGAUGUUGGAUCUAUUGAUGACUUCUGCAGGAAGUACAGACUGGAUUGUCCACUGGCCAUGGAAAGGAUUAAAGAAGAUCGUCCAAUCACAAUCAAAGAUGACAAGGGCAACCUGAAUCGCUGCAUUGCUGAUAUAGUAUCUUUGUUUAUCACUGUUAUGGACAAACUAAGACUGGAGAUCAGAGCCAUGGAUGAGAUUCAACCUGACCUAAGAGAGCUAAUGGAAACCAUGAACAGAAUGAGCAACAUGCCACCAGACUCUGAGGCAAAGGACAAAGUGAAUCUCUGGUUGACCACACUCAGCAGCAUGUCAGCCUCAGAUGAACUGGAUGAUAAUCAAGUGCGCCAGAUGCUCUUUGACCUGGAGUCUGCCUACAAUGCCUUCAACCGCUUUCUACACGCUUCCUAAAACCUCUCCUCUUGCAACUGUGCGUGUAAUGUGGUUUGGUUGUUGAGUCUUGUUGAGUAUUUGCAGAUGUUGAAACAUUCUCCAAAGACCGAAGUGGAUAUGUGUGUGGUGACAUUUUCUGAUCCCUGACAAACUCAACUAUGACAUUUGUUGUGCUAUUCCUAAUUUGUUGAGCCACCUUUUGACCAUGUCGAGGUCUUUGCCAUCUUACAGGUACAUUGUGCUGCCUGAGGCCUUCGGCUGUAACAGUGUGUGAUAAAUUAUUCACUAGACAUGGUUUUCCAUCAUUCAGUUAUCAAACAGUUUACGUCAAUCACUGUACUGUAAUAUAAAAAAGUACCUACUUUUCUAUUUUGAUCUUUCAGCAUACCAUUGGGAAAAAAAAGGGUUUUGUUAACAUAAUUUUAUGAAUUAGGUUUAGAAUUAUUAACAGCCAAAGCCUUUAUAUUUGUUAAAAUAUGCUGAAUUUAGAAUUUUAUUUUAGAAUACACAGCAUGGACUUAUUGAGUAGUAAGCAUCAAUCACAGGUAAUGGGAAGAAAUUAUUCUUUGGAGAGCUGAAAUGCUCUUGAUUCUGGUUAGUGGCUCUGGUUUUAAUAUGUAUGCGCCUUUACUUGUUAAUACUAAUCAAUGUUUGUUGAGUUUGGUUUGGGUGGACAGAAAAGCAGUGGAUGUUUUCACUUUCUGUUUCAUUCAUGCCACUUUUAAACCUAUCUUAGGACUAUUUAUAAAGAUUUAUCUCUGUAAAUAAUAGUUUUGAUUUUGAAGCAUGUAACACCUUUUUAGAAAUAAACAUGUACAAAUUUCUAUUUCCGAAA